AUGAGCGGUCACGAUUCGAAAUACUUCUCGACGACGAAGAAGGGAGAGAUCCCUGAGCUCAAGGAGGAGCUUAAUUCGCAGUACAAGGAUAAGAGAAAAGACGCAGUAAAGAAGGUUAUUGCGGCGAUGACAGUUGGGAAGGAUGUUUCAUCACUUUUCACUGAUGUAGUCAAUUGCAUGCAAACGGAAAAUCUGGAGCUGAAGAAGCUUGUUUAUCUCUAUCUCAUCAAUUACGCGAAAAGCCAGCCAGAUCUUGCUAUUCUUGCAGUGAAUACCUUUGUUAAGGACUCACAAGAUCCAAAUCCGCUGAUCCGCGCUCUUGCUGUGCGGACAAUGGGCUGCAUUCGUGUCGACAAAAUCACGGAAUAUCUAUGUGAUCCUCUGCAAAAGUGCCUAAAGGAUGAUGAUCCAUAUGUCCGGAAGACAGCUGCUAUUUGCGUUGCUAAGCUUUAUGACAUAAAUGCUGAAUUGGUUGAGGAUAGGGGUUUCCUUGACGCUUUGAAGGAUCUGAUAUCAGAUAAUAAUCCGAUGGUUGUUGCCAAUGCUGUAGCAGCCCUUGCUGAGAUCCAAGAGAAUAGUACUAGCCCCAUAUUUGAGAUCAAUAGUACUACGCUUACAAAGCUCCUUACCGCUUUAAAUGAAUGCACUGAGUGGGGUCAAGUUUUUAUCUUAGAUGCUCUAUCGAGGUAUAAAGCAGCUGAUCCCCGUGAGGCUGAAAAUAUUGUUGAGAGAGUCACGCCAAGGUUGCAACAUGCAAACUGCGCUGUUGUGCUUUCAGCUGUUAAGAUGAUCCUUCAACAAAUGGAACUUAUUACUAGUACAGACGUGAUUCGAAAUCUUUGCAAGAAGAUGGCUCCACCCCUUGUUACAUUGCUUUCUGCCGAACCUGAGAUACAAUAUGUUGCACUUCGUAACAUUAAUCUUAUUGUUCAGAAACGACCCACUAUCCUUGCCCAUGAAAUUAAGGUUUUCUUCUGCAAGUAUAACGACCCGAUUUAUGUUAAGAUGGAGAAGUUGGAGAUUAUGAUAAAGCUUGCGUCAGACAGAAACAUAGACCAGGUUCUUCUGGAGUUCAAAGAGUAUGCAACGGAAGUAGAUGUUGAUUUUGUUAGAAGGGCUGUUCGUGCGAUAGGCCGAUGUGCUAUCAAACUAGAGAGAGCAGCCGAACGUUGCAUCAGUGUUUUGCUUGAGUUGAUCAAGAUCAAAGUUAAUUAUGUUGUCCAGGAAGCCAUUAUUGUUAUCAAAGAUAUCUUCAGAAGAUAUCCAAACACGUAUGAGUCCAUAAUUGCCACACUCUGUGAGAGUUUAGACACUUUGGAUGAACCAGAAGCUAAGGCAUCCAUGAUAUGGAUCAUUGGUGAAUAUGCUGAAAGAAUUGACAAUGCUGAUGAGCUUCUUGAAAGUUUCCUUGAGAGUUUUCCUGAGGAACCAGCGCAGGUCCAGCUGCAGCUUCUAACUGCUACUGUUAAGCUAUUCCUGAAGAAGCCAACUGAAGGGCCUCAACAAAUGAUUCAGGUUGUCUUGAAUAACGCUACCGUGGAGACGGACAAUCCUGAUCUCAGAGAUCGUGCAUACAUAUACUGGCGUCUUCUAUCUACUGAUCCUGAAGCGGCGAAGGAUGUUGUCUUAGCUGAAAAGCCCGUGAUUACUGACGACUCUAACCAACUCGAGCCAUCACUCCUUGACGAGCUGCUUACAAACAUUUCCACCUUAUCCUCUGUGUACCACAAACCGCCAGAGGCUUUUGUGACCCGCUUGAAAACCACAGUUCAGAAAACAGAGGACGAGGACUUUGCUGAAGGAAGCGAAGCAGGAUAUUCAUCUGGUAACCCGGCUGAUAGUGCAGCUUCCCCUCCAGCUACCAUGGGCAAUGUCGCACACCCUGCAGGAAGACAACCAGUUCCUGCACCGGCGGCCCCAGCUCCUGUGCCUGAUCUGCUUGGUGACUUGAUGGGUUUGGAUAAUGCCGCAAUUGUCCCGGUUGAUGAACCCACGACUCCUUCUGGUCCUCCACUGCCAGUUGUCGUGUCGGCUUCAACCGGUCAAGGUCUGCAGAUAAGCGCUCAACUAACCCGAAGGGAUGGACAAGUAUUCUACAGCAUGCUCUUCGAGAACAACACACAGGCGGUACUUGAUGGUUUCAUGAUUCAGUUCAACAAGAACACAUUUGGUCUUGCAGCUGCUGGACCUCUUCAGAUUGCGCCUUUGCAACCAGGAACAUCUGCCAGGACACUGCUACCUAUGGUCUUGUUGCAGAAUUUGUCUGCUGAACCUCCAAGCUCGCUCUUACAAGUAGCUGUCAAAAACAAUCAGCAGCCUGUUUGGUACUUCAACGAUAAGAUUGUACUUCAUGCUCUUUUCAGUGAAGACGGUAGAAUGGAACGUGGAACCUUCCUCGAGACAUGGAGGUCGUUACCAGACUCCAACGAAGUUCAAAGAGAAUUUCCAGGGAUCACCAUCACGAGCGUUGAAUCAGCUAUUGAUUUGCUGACAACUUACAACAUGUUUUUCAUUGCGAAGCGCAAGAAUGGGAACCAAGACGUGAUCUAUUUAUCUGCAAAGGUUCCGAGAGAUCUACCAUUGUUGAUCGAGCUCACUGCAAUGGUGGGCCAACCAGGUCUCAAAUGUGCAGUGAAAACUCCCACUCCUGAGAUUGCGCCUCUCUUCUUCGAAGCCGUCGAGCUUCUCUUCAAGGCUUGA